CAGGCCGGAGAGCCGAGCACGGCCGAGACCCGUCCGCUUCCGCGCCCGGAGCGCCACGCUCCCCCGCACCCCCAGGAAGCCGUCCAAGCCGCUGCCGCCGGCGGGGGACCGCGCUCACGGCUCCCGGGGCGGACGGGGCUGCGGAGCACGCAGGGCGCGCGGGCAGAGUGCCCCAGAGGCGGCGUGCGCGCAGGAGCGGCGGCGGCGGCCUGCAGGCGGCGGACUUCGGCGCGGCUGCUGCUCGGGGCGACCUCCGGGAGCGCCGGGCGCGCUCAACGAUGAGGGCGCGGCCGCAGGUCUGCGAGGCUCUGCUCUUCGCCCUGGCGCUCCACACCGGUGUGUGCUAUGGCAUCAAGUGGCUGGCACUGUCCAAGACUCCAGCAGCCCUGGCACUGAACCAGACGCAGCACUGCAAGCAGCUGGAGGGCCUGGUGUCUGCGCAGGUGCAGCUCUGCCGCAGCAACCUGGAGCUCAUGCGCACCAUCGUGCACGCGGCGCGGGAGGCCACGAAGGCCUGCCGCAGGGCCUUCGCCGACAUGCGCUGGAACUGCUCCUCCAUCGAGCUCGCCCCCAACUACCUGCUUGACCUGGAGAGAGGUACCCGGGAGUCAGCCUUCGUGUAUGCCCUGUCGGCUGCCACCAUCAGUCACACCAUCGCCCGGGCCUGCACCUCUGGCGACCUGCCCGGCUGCUCCUGCGGCCCUGUCCCAGGUGAGCCACCCGGGCCUGGGAACCGCUGGGGAGGAUGUGCGGACAACCUCAGCUACGGGCUCCUCAUGGGGGCCAAGUUUUCCGAUGCUCCUAUGAAGGUGAAAAAAACAGGAUCCCAAGCCAAUAAACUGAUGCGUCUACACAACAGUGAAGUGGGGAGACAGGCUCUGCGUGCCUCCCUGGAAACGAAGUGUAAGUGCCAUGGAGUAUCUGGCUCCUGCUCCAUCCGCACCUGUUGGAAGGGGCUGCAAGAGCUCCGAGACGUGGCCGCUGACCUCAAGACCCGCUACCUGUCGGCCACGAAAGUGGUACAUCGUCCUAUGGGCACCCGCAAGCACUUGGUGCCCAAGGACCUGGAUAUCCGGCCUGUGAAGGACUCGGAACUAGUGUAUCUGCAGAGCUCCCCUGAUUUCUGUAUGAAGAAUGAGAAGGUGGGAUCUCACGGGACCCAAGACAGGCAGUGCAACAAGACCUCCAACGGCAGUGACAGCUGCGACCUCAUGUGCUGUGGGCGCGGCUACAAUCCCUACACGGACCGGGUGGUGGAGCGGUGUCACUGCAAGUACCACUGGUGCUGCUACGUCACCUGCCGCAGGUGUGAGCGCACGGUGGAGCGCUACGUGUGCAAGUGAGGCCCCGCGCCCCACCCCCGUGCAAGGGGGCUGCUCCUCUGAGGACCCACGGAAGGGCCUGGUGAACGUCCCUGCAGAUCUCAGAUGCCAGGCGCAGGAGGUGGCUUGUGCUGUGACUCCUCUUGGAAGCCGGCAGGAACAGGAGGCCUGGUCGCCCUGGGAGGGCCGGGGCAUCAAAGGAAACUGAUAGGAUUAAAAAUAACCUGGCAGCCUGGGGCCCGAGUGCCCGCAUGCUGCCUUCCAGGCUGCUCCAAGAAGCCAGGGCAGGGACGGAUAAGACUGUGUAUUUGACCUUUCAAGGCCAGAAAGACCAGCCUUCUGGAAUGUUCUUUGGGACCCUGUGCCCACCACAUGGAACCACUAACUUCGGUUGUAAAUUUCUACUCUUCUUCCCCCGCCCUCCUCUGGGAUGUGGGAGCUACAGAAAUAUUUAUAAAAUACA